AAAGGCCUCACCACCAUGUCCACAAAUUCCAACCCAAAGUCCUCAAACCACAUACGAAAUUUAGCCAGAAGAUUGCUCUCUUCUUUAACUACAUUUCCUGGUUUUCCAGAAAAGCAGAAUGGGAGCAAACAUGUCAGACUUCCAGUACACCAACGGAAAUAUGCAGCCAACGAUCAGCACGUCGCCCAUUAUUGAAUUCCAUUCCUCCGCCCAGUGGAAGGCUCAUUUCAAUGCCUCCAAAGAAUCUAACAAACUGAUGGUGAUCGACUUCACGGCAACAUGGUGCGGGCCUUGUCGCUUCAUGGAGCCAGCCUUUAAGGAGUUUGCAUCCAAAUAUGGGGACGUAGAGUUCAUCAAGAUCGAUGUGGAUGAGUUGAUGGAUGUGGCGCAACAGUUUCAGAUUCAGGCAAUGCCAACAUUUUUGCUGAUUAAGAAUGGACAAGUGGUGGAUAAGGUAGUGGGGGCCAAAAAGGAUGAACUUAAGCAGAAAAUUGAGAAGCACAGGAUGAAUGAUCCAAUGAACCAAGCAUUCAACUAUGAAUUCAGGCAGCAAAUCGUGAGGCCAUACUAUGCGUAAUGCAUUUUGAGGCUUGGGAUAAUAAUAUAUAUCGAUUCCAGUAGGAUGACCAAACAAGAGGAGAAAAGAAGGGAAGAAUGUGAUGGUGACAACCAUUGAUACCUAUUUAUUUAUCAAAAUAAGACCAUUCCCUUGCUUUAUUAUUCUUAUUUGUUUACUGUGUUUGUAACUCCCAAUGUCAAUGUAUUUGACUCAAAAUAAAGUUGCCAUGUUUUAAUC